AAACCUUUCCUGAGAAAAAAGAUAUAAACAUGUUUUUGAUUCUCAGGAACAUAUUCUCCAACAGCUUGGGUUUUCUUCCUUUGUGGGAAUCUUUCUUUUUUAUGGACACAAUACCAACUGAGUGAUCUACCUCCUACCAUCCCAUUCUUGUAAGUGAAUUCUUAUUCUGCUUUAUUUCAAUCCUUCCAAUGAAUAGUUUGGAAUAUAGCAGUCCAGCAAAAUGGUUUAUGGUAGGAAAUAAUUAUAAAAUAAAAUAAAACAAAAUUCUUCUUUGCGGAUUAUUGCUGAAAGCUGUUGCAGUAAAGGUGUGCAAACGUUUGUUCACGCUAAAGCUUGAGGGGGGUACAAAACCAACGGAGAAGCUCCUUGGUGAUAAUGUUCGACUUUGUGUAUCAUUAGAGAGAGAGAGAGAGAGAGUGACAGAGAGAGUCGGGUAAUGGAACAGCUUCUUUGUUUCAUCUUCUUCCACAUCUUCAUCAUAGUUUUGGCACCCCAGCUCGCGUUAGCGUCAGACCCUGCAUGUCGUGACACGUGCGGCUCUCUCUCCGUGAAGUUCCCCUUCGGCACCGGCGUCGGCUGCGGCUCGCCGAGGUUUCAGCCUUACAUAUCUUGUUCGCAGUCGUCUGACGGCGGAGAUCAGCUCCUCUUGAGAACCCACACCGGUGUUUACCCGAUAACCUCCAUAUCAUAUGAAGCUGCCGCCUUCACCGUCACGCCGCCACUCAUGUCCAACUGCACCUCCAUGCAGCCGUCGCCGAAUCUGGGCCUCGAUUGGGCGAGCCCCUUCCAGCUGGGCCCAUCGGCAUUCAUCCUCCUCUCCUGCCCUCCGUCACUCACCUCCAAAGCUUCGCCGCCCAUCUGCGAUCCUUCUCUCUCUCACCUCUGCGCCUCAAUCUACACCUGUCCCGCCGUCGUCUCUCUGGGCUUGCCGCUGUUUCCCCCCACCAACAGCUGCUGCGUCUACUCCCCGGCCAACUUCAACACCAAGGGUGAGCUGGACCUCCAUGCCCUCAAGUGUGCCGCUUACGCGUCGGUCAUGACGCUGGGUGAUUACCCGACCGAUCCUACCCGGUGGGAGUAUGGAGUGGCGUUCAAGUAUACGCAGGGGAAGUUUGAUAAUUACGGCAUGGACACUAAGUGUUACACUUGUGAUAGCAGCGGAGGUGUGUGUGGAUACGCUCCUCCGAGUAAUUCCUUCGUCUGCGUUUGUGGGAAUGGUUUCAAUACUAGCUCCAAUUGCAAUGGCUACAGUUUCUCUGGGAUUUGGAGCUCCGGUUCUCGACCCACCCGGAAGGCUUGGUGGGGGGUUUUGGCUUGGUUGGGUGUUUUGGCUAGUCUGACUAUCGGUAUGCCAACUUGAGCGAAGAUGUGUAUAGAGUAUAGACCAUUGAGCAGACUGCAGAGUUGUACUCCUAGUCUCCUAGAGCCGAUGCUACCUAGCCUUCUUUUUCUUCUUUGGUUUUAUUCUGCAUUGUAUUUUUGUAUUUUAUUUUCUUUCAAGUUUUAAUGGGAUUCUGUUAAGCUUUUGAUUUGGAAAA